AUGCGUGGGUGUGAUCGAAGAGCGGGUGCGGUGAGCCUGUUAGGAGCAGCUCUGGCGAGUAUGCAGAAAGUGUUGUGUGCCGCGGAGAUGCGCGGGUUACCGGACGAGGCGCCAGUCGCAUUGUGCCGGCUGGCGGCUGUAAAGAUGGGAGCAUGUCAACGUGAAGUGUGGUUUGUAUACGCGGCUCCAUCGUCAAUGGGUGUGGUACGCGCUCGCGCUGAGAAUGAGUGCACUGCGACAUUGUCCGACCUGCGCACUGGCAGUACAACGCGCCAUGGCAAACCGAGCGGACCCUCAAACCACACCUACGCCGUCUACGGCAACGAACUAGCUCGCUCUACUGUGCGCCGACUCAGGUGGUAUGGCGGGAACGAUGUUCUCUACAACCCGGGAACCCCUCGUCAACCUAAGGACGCCUCAACUCUACCUAAGGAACCCCAAGGCCAAGGCCAAGACCAAAACCGCGGCAGGAGCGACUUCGUAUAUCGCGGACUCAUCUCACCCUACUUUCCCGACUCGGACGUCCUCGUCGCACUUCAACCGCGCAGAGGCUCCUGGCGAGUCUGCCAAGGUACCCGUAAUGGCAGACACUGCUACACGCUGCGCUGCGACCCCGUACGGCAGAAGGCGGUUGUGGAGAAGGCGGCUGUGGAGAAGGCGGUUGUGGAGAAGGCGGCUGUGGAGAAGGUGGUUGUGAAGAAGGCGGUUGUGAAGAAGGCGGCUGUGAAGAAGGCGGUUGUGAAGAAGGCGGCUGUGGAGAAGGCGGCUGUGGAGAAGGCGGCUGUGGAGAAGGCGGCUGUGGAGAAGGCGGCU